AUGUCUGAUUUAUAUAAAAUUAAUAAAAAAAUAUCACAGGGUGCUUUUGGAACUGUUUAUGAGGGCAUCAACGUGAAAACUGGAGAAAUAGUAGCCAUUAAGCAAUUGUUUUGUAAUAAGAAAGUACUGAGAGAAGUUCAUUUGCAUGAAAAGAUGAAUCAUAAAAAUGUUAUCAAAGUAUAUUAGUACCAAGUUCUCGAUCAAUAAUGUUCCAUCUAUAUGGAAUAUUGCUAAUAUGAUUUACACUAAUUCAUACAAAGCACUCUCUACCCUCUGGAUGCUGAAGUAAUCAGGAAUAUAGCAUAUCAAAUUCUAUGUGGGAUAGAACACAUCCAUUCACGCUAGGUAGUUCAUCGAGAUCUCAAACCAUCCAAUAUUAUGUUGCAUGAGGGAAUCAUCAAGAUCGGAGAUUUUGGCUCAGCAGAACAUUUGAGUAAAUUGGAUCAAAAUGGCCAAUAUUCUACAGAAGGCUUCUCCAAAUGGUAUAUGGCACCAGAAAUGUUAUUUGGCAAAAGAGAUUAUGGAACUGAAGUAGACAUUUGGUCAUUUGGGUGUAUUUAUGCUGAACUCCUCACUGGAUUACCGUUAUUCACUGGCAAAGGAGAAAUUGAUUAAAUCAUUCACAUUGGUAAUGUCUUAGGAUCACCCACUGAAGACAACUGGCCCAAAGUUAAGGAAUUGCCAGAUCAAGGAAAGAUUAACUUUCAACAUGUCAGACCCAAAUCCUUCUUUGAAUAUUUUGAUUUGGCUGAUGAUGAUCAAAUUAACUUUCUCCAAGCAACCUUAAAGUAUCAGGAUCGACCUACUGCUUCUGAAUUAUUGAAACACAAAUAUUUUAAUAAGAUAAAUGAAAACUUCAAAAUCAAUGCUGAAUGUCUUCCUAAAGAAUAAUAUAAUCCUUAUUAUAAAUAUAUUUGA